GCAUGAGAUGUCCGUGUAUUGCAGCGACACGGUGGGGCAGCUCAAGGAGAGAAUCCAGGAAGCUCAUGGCGUUCCAGUGGACCACCAGGUCCUUGUGUACGCUGGGCAGCAACUGCAAGACAUGAACAAGGUCUUGGGCGACUGCAACAUUCAG